AUGAUUCCAAUGUUAUUUUGCCGACCGCGACCCAGUCAGGAGGAAGCCGGUGAGAAUUUGACCUUUCUCAACCCUGAUUACUAUUCAGCAAUUAGCAACUUUGGACGACUUAUUGGAUUGGCCAUGCUUUUAGUGGCAACUGCUGUUUACCUUUACUACACGGCAUGGACUCUACUCAUGCCCUUUGUCGAUGACGGCCAUCCACUCCAUGACCUCUUCCCACCCCGUGUCUGGGCAAUCCGUAUUCCCGUUAUCCUGACGCUACUCGGAUCUGCGGUCGUGGGUUCAUUCCUAGGUGUUGUUAUGAUUCGAAGUAAUCGGAAAAAGGCUGCCAAAGCGAAGGCAGCAUCGAAGAAGAAAGCUUGA